GAUAAUAAUUUUGCCGUCAGAAGGCGUUAAUGCUGUUGCCAACAAGGUACGGAUAGGUACGGAGCCAGAGGGUAAUCGUUUCUUGUGUAUUAUGACGUUAAGGACAACGAGCAACAUUAUAAAAUAUGGGAGAUAAAGAACAUCAUGUACACUUCAGUGGGGCAAGCGGUCUUGGAAAGGACAACAACAUUAUGAUACAACCGCAACGACAUGGACAUAUAGAUGUUCAUCUUGGAUUCUUACAGCUUCAUCACAGGUACCACGUGGAGUUUUCUCUACCAUGGAAUAUGUGUGUUCACGGUGAACUUCUUGCACCCGCUGUAGUUGUCUGUAACCAUCACAAUCCAGACUGUCACAUUAUCGACCUAAUGCAAGAGAAGGAUGGCCUUAAAUUAAAAAUUGAACUACUGGCGUACAAGGAACGAAUCUUGAAAGAAGAAGUUCAAGUCAUGUGUUGCAAAUCUGGUGCACCAUUAAAAAUACUCUUGAACGCACGAGUAUUAGGUAAGGAUAAAGGGACGCCUUUGUUAAGGAAUGGUAUACGCAGUGUUGCUGUAGAGGGAAUCGAUAAAGAUGAAAUAUCUGAAUAAAUCUACUGAUUAAUGCUUCAAAAUGAAACGCACUUUUACACGCUUCAACAAAAUUGAUUUUAUAAUUAAUAAGUAUUAAAAGAUCCAAGAUAAAAGAGCAAUACGAAAAAUAUUCGUUAAGUAAGAAACGUACAUAUUAUCGAUUUUGGAAUAAAAUAAGAUGAGCUA